UUUUUUAACGCCAACUGAUCAGUGCAGCAGAUAUCGUGAACUUUGAAGUAAUUAAUGUAAAUACCGAGUCCAAAAUAAGCAUGUCAGCAUAGGUCAUGUUCAAAUGUAUAGCUAACUUCUGAGUUGUGUGUUGACAUUACGGUUGUCAGGUAGUAGCUAGCAAAAUGUGUUUGUUUUGGGUUAGUAGUCUAGCAAGCUAGCCACUGUUUACAUACCUGCAUUUGUUUCCAAUGAUGGCUAGCUAAUAGUUGUCCUUGCAUUUUAACACAUAGCUAGUUAGUUUGUUCAACUUGUUCACAUUUCUGAAAUUAAGACAAUGACCGGUGCUUCCACUUUUAAGUAAUUGCUGGUCUAAGUGAUGUUCAGGUUACCCGUUCUUUAUAGUAUAAUACACAGGGAAGUCUGCAUUGGCACAGAGGAGAUGGUGAAAGGCAAAUUCUUCUACGCUGUGAGGAAAGGAUUCAACCCUGGAGUUUACCAAACUUGGGAUGAAUGUAAGAGCCAAGUAGACAAGUUCCCAUAUGCCAGCUACAAGAAGUUUGCUGCUGAAAAGGAUGCCUGGGCUUUCGUCAGAGGCAAAGCAACGUCGAUAACACCAGACGUGUCAGAGGGAACCAGCUAUGAGGUAACACUCCCAAGAAGGGCCCCGGAGGCCCUUGAGUAUAUUCCCAUUGGUCAGAAGAGACACUAUAAUCACGUGGAGGAGGAGGAGAAGGAGAAGGAGGUGGUGUCCCCUGCCAAACGAGCUAAGCCUUCCCAGGAGGCAUCUCAAGACAGCUGCGCAUCUUCAAAGAGCUCUGAUGGAUUCACCUACAUGGGUGAUGCAGUGGUGGUGUACACAGACGGCUGCUGUUCAGGCAAUGGGAAGGUCGGAGCCCGAGCUGGGAUCGGGGUGUACUGGGGACGUGACCAUCCUCUGAAUGUAGCAGAACCACUGGAUGGAAGACAGACCAACCAGAGGGCAGAAUUACAGGCAACCUGUAAAGCCUUGGAGCAGGCCAAGGAGAUGGACAUCAAGAAGUUGGUACUCUAUACAGACAGCAAGUUCACCAUUAAUGGCGUCACCAGCUGGGUGAAGAACUGGAAGCUGAACAACUGGAGGCUCAAAUCUGGUGGCCCUAUCAUCAACAAAGAGGACUUUGAAAAACUUGACAAGUUAAAUGAAGAGCUGGAUGUUGUAUGGUUGCACAUCCCGGGCCACGCUGGGUACCUAGGAAACGAGGAGGCUGACAGGCUGUCCAGAGAGGGGGCAGCAAAACGUUUACAUUAGCCUUACAAGAUAACAGCCCUAAUAUGUCAUAUUUACUUAUUUGUUUCUCAGUUAACUUCUAUCAAUUUGGGAGUUCAAGAAUUAAUCAUUCAAGAUCGGUGUGUGUGUGUGUGUGUGUGUGGGGGGGGGGGGAUUUUAAUUUUCCAGGAUAAUUUUUUGUCUGUUCUGUUGGGCUGCCAAAUUCUUUUCCAGAGAACAAUGUUCUGUUUCUAAGUUUAUUUUAUUAAAUAAAGCAUCCUGUCUGAAAUAUUGUUGGUUAUUUAAUUAAAGGAAUUCCUUCAGCUUUUACUUGUAGCAUCAUAUGAGCAUGCAUUAAUACUGCAAAAUAAUUCCAUUGUGGACACAUUGUUUGCAGAGUGCACAACCUAUGCUACAUUUGUGAGAAACAAGUUUUGGUUUAUUUCAUUCCAUUCACCAGUUUUGUCAAUUUAGUUGUAUUUUGUUUAAAGGGCGCUCCUGAGUAAGGACGCGCACACAUGGAAGUAGGCCUCUAUAGAAUACCUGACAAACGUUUCCAGCUCUCUCCCUUUCAAUAACCACUCGAAAGGGAGAGCACGACCGAACAUGUCGUGUUCUGAUCCAGUGGAAUUACUUCUUAUCUAGCUGAUUACUUCUUAUCAGUGCUUGACUUGGACUGAAAUAGGUUGCGGUGUUGUGCAGAAAACCUCCCCCUUCCAGAACCCCACCAAGUAAUAAACAUUUCAGAACAA